AUGUACAGAAGCUGCCUUUUGGAAAAAGAAGCAGGCAUGUACCUGGGCACUCUCAGGAACCCCGUGGGAGGUGGCACCGCUGGGACUGGAGGCAAUGGGAGCGGUGGGAGUCUCCUGCCAGCCUCCAACUUCACAGCAGCACCUGCCUAUGCGCACUACAUGGGGUAUCCCCAUAUACCCAGCAUAGAUUCUCACGGGCCGUCUCUGGGGGUCUGGGGUUCGCCCUAUAGUCCCCCUCAAGAAGACUGGAAUGUGUACCCUGGGCCGUCCAGUACAAUGGGCACUGUGUCCGUGAACGACAUGAACUCAAGCCCUGCCGCUUUUGGUUCCCUGGAAUACAACUUGGGUCCUGCGGGCCGGGGAAGCAGCAGUGGCAGCCUGCCAGCCCCAGGUAGUGGGUCACUGUUCCCUGUAGACGCCAACACCGCGGAUGCCAGUUCUAACAGAAGCCAUCACAGCCCUUAUGCGUGGAUGCGCAAGACCGUGCAGCUGACCGGGAAAACCAGGAUAAAAGAAAAGUAUCGUGUGGUUUACACAGAUCAUCAAAGAUUGGAGCUAGAGAAGGAAUUCCAUUGCAAUAGAUACAUCACCAUUCGGAGAAAAUCAGAACUGGCAGUCAACCUGGGACUUUCUGAAAGACAGCAUUUUGUGUUUCUGGUGAAAAUAUUGUUUCAGAAUCGCAGAGCCAAGGAGAGAAAGAUGAUUAAAAAGAAAAUCUCCCAGUUUGAGAGCAGUGGAGGCUCAGUACAAAGUGACUUUGGUUCCAUCAGCCCUGGGGAACUACCUAAUACUUUUUUCACCACCCCAUCUGCUGUUCAUAGAUUUCAACCUAUUGAGAUACAGCAGGUCAUAGUCACUGAGUGA